GUUUCUUUUUCACAACUGGCUCGCUCACAACGCGAAAAGCAGAGCAUGAAGGUCAGAAACAACAGGUUUCUCACCGCGCGGAUGUUUUUUCCUCGCUGAGCCAAUGCGCGCUUGCAUACAUUACCGUUUUCUUUACCGUCUACAUUAGCAUACAGCAGACCUUGUAAUCAGCGUUCAAAUUCAUUGGAUUUCUAUCCUUCUUCCCAUCGUUUGAUACAAACAGGACGUUUAUUUACCAAACGGCUGGUAUGGAUUGUUUAAAAACUGGAUGGAUUGGUUGACAAAGAUCGCGUUUCCUCCCGCGGACAAGGGAAUGGCCCAACCCCUUCCGAUCGAUCGAUAUGGGAUAAGAUCAGCCGCUGGCAUUUGCAUCGGGAGAGAGUGCGCAUAACGUGUGUGCGCUGUGUGCUGGCUGUCAUUUGUCAGAGGAAACACUUGUAGACGCGCGACGGCACAACAAGUCGCCUAAUGAGAUCAGGCUACAUAUGCGCAGAUUGUAUAUGUGGAUCUGUGAUUGAGGCGUGUGCAUUUCGGGGGGCUAACAGCUGGUGCAGUAUAUUCCGGCGGUGUUUGGCGGAUUCGUCAUGGGGGAGACGGGGAAGAAGGUGGCCCGCUGGCUGGGGGAGUUUGCGGGGAAGUUGACGCGUAAGAAGCGCAUCAGCGGCGAUGUUAUGGAGACCCCGCUGCAGCGUUGUCUGGGCACGUGGGAUCUCAUGUUGUUCGGUGUGGGCCAGAUGAUCGGCGGGGGGAUUUAUGUGCUGAGUGGAACGGUGGCCAAGGAUAACGCCGGUCCGGCAAUCGUCAUAUCGCUGCUGAUUGCCGGUUUCGUGGCGCUCUUGUCGUCGUUGUGCUAUGCGGAAUUCGCGGCCCGGAUACCGAAAACCGGAUCAGCAUAUUUAUUUGGCUACGUCACUAUGGGAGAAUUCGUCGGCUUCGUCAUUGCCUGGCAGAUGGUGCUGGAGAAUAUGAUCGGCGCGGCCAGUGUAGCGCGCGCAUGGGGCGGCUACGUGGAUUCCAUGCUGGACGGCGCCAUCCGCAACUCCACACUGCGGACCGUCGGGGUGGUGCGCGUUCCCUUAGUCGGCCAGAUCUAUCCCGACUUUGUGGCCUUUGCGGUGUGCAUGGUGGCCUGUAUUGCCGUCGCCAUCGGCGUCAAACAUUCCGCCCGACUGAACAAUGUCUUCACCCUGGUGAACUUGAUGGUUAUACUCUUCGUCAUCGUGUUCGGUUUCACAUUAGCUGACAGUAACAACUGGACGGCGUAUGGCUUCAUGCCGAUGGGCUUCGCGGGAGUGCUGCGGGGCGCAGCCAUCUGCUUCUUUGCAUUUAUUGGAUUUGAUUCUAUUGCCACUGCCGGCGAAGAAAGCAUCGAUCCACAGCGAUCGAUCCCCAUCGCGACCCUAGCGUCAAUGAGCAUCGUUACCCUGUCUUACGUCGGAGUGGCAGCUGCCCUGACGCUGAUGGUCCCUUACUUCAAAAUCAACGCCGAUGCCGCGCUCCCGGAUGCGUUCGCGCAGCACGAUCUCACCUGGGCCAAAUACUUGGUGGCUAUUGGAGCGCUGUCCGGCAUGACGACAUCACUGGUCGGGAGUGUAUACGCGUUAUCACGCUGCUGUUACGCUAUGGCCUGCGACGGGCUGCUCUUCGAGUUCUUCUCCCGUCUGAACGCUCGCACCCAGGUCCCGCUGAACGCCGUCAUCGUCUUCGGCACCAUCAGCGCCAUCUUCGCCCUCCUCAUGGAACUGCACGUCCUAGUGGAGUUCCUCAGUGUCGGCACGCUGCUGGCCUUCACCAUCGUCGCCGCCAGCACCAUCAUCCUGCACUAUCAGCCCAAAGUGGAUUUUAUCAGUGAGGAGAAGAACUACGGGAGCAUCACGCCCACGGCGGAGGAGGCCGGGAUGCCGCCGUCCACGGUGGCCGAGGAGAAGCAGAAGAUGGCCGGGACGCUGAAGCCGGCGUUUAGCUAUAUGACCUUCCUGUCCAAAUUGCGUCCGGGCGUGGCGGUGGUGGUGGGCGUGGUGCUGAUGGCCAUCUUCACCGGGGCCUUCUGCUCGACGCUGGUGCACGGGCUGGGACAGCUGCAGCGCGGGACGUGGUGGAUGGUCAUCAUGGCCAUUGUCUUCGGGAUUGGAUUGGUGCUGAGUUUCGGGUUGAUUAUUGUCCAUCGACAGAGCGAUCUCAACUUGAGCUUUCAGGUUCCUUUUGUACCUUUCACGCCGGCUUUGUCCAUUUUCUGCAACGUCGUACUCAUGACCAACCUGACAAAUAUGACCUGGCUUCGCUUUUUUAUAUGGAUGGUCAUUGGUCUGUUGGUGUAUUUUGGCUACGGUAUCCGGCACAGUAAGGAGAACAAGAUCCUGGACUACGGCACGAUGAUGGUGGUGAGCGGGGAUGACGACGCGCUGUCCCUCAACGGCACCAUCCAUCGGCCGCAAAUUGACGGCAUGAAGAGUCCCGGUGCCGGCCAGCCGAGUCCCUUGCCCCAGUGAAUGUGUAUCCUAUGAAUGCGUUCCUUUUGUGGUGUAUUCGUUCCCCGGUUGAACGGCCCAGAUCUGUGCAAUGUUUUCCCGGUUCAUGUUUAAAGCGGAAAAGAGAGAUCUGGUGGUUUCCUAGUCGAGAUUCCGUGUUUUUAUUUUGGUAGGCCGUUUUUACAGAUUUUUAAUGAUUCCUGUUUAAGGCGUGAUGUAUACGCGUACCGUGAUGUGUAUAUUCUGUAAUCGUUUGUUUAAUUGUUUUUAAAGGGUUUGUUUUAUGAUUUUGAUGUUCGGUUUCUGACUAGCAGGUAUUAAAGUUAGUGAAAG